UUUUCACCUUCUGGUAACACUGAUUCGGAUCGCGACUGUUCAACAAGUUAACAAGAUUUGUUGCAGGUUUCAUUUAAAAUGUAGUGGUUUGUUUAUGUUUUUAAGUUUAAACAAGUGGUGGACAAGUGUUGUUUAUAAUGUACGUUAAAGUGGAUAAGUGAUAAGUGAUUUGUUUAACGUAUUUUGCCAUCUACUUAUUCUUCAAAGUUGCUCUUGCGGCAUUUAUCCUGACUUAACGAGGUCAGUCCAACACAAAGAGCCAACAGAUAAAGGACAACCAGAAGUGAAAACUCUAUCAAAGAAACCAUUUUAGUCAUACGAACCGCUUUAUCCAUUAAAUCAGAGCAGUAAGCACAAAGAGUUGGCCUGGCCGAAAACCACAAGCACCAAAGACAGGAGGAGGACCGGAGGACGGGGAAGGGUGGCUGGCACAAUAGACAAAGUGUAUCAAUUAUAAUACGGGCCCAAAGCGAAGGAUCCGCAGCGAGAGGCGAAAAGGGGAGGGGAAGCGGUGGAGCCAGGUUCCAGGAGCCAGAAAAAGGGUUCCAGGAGAAAAAGCUAUAACGGAGAGAAAAAGUGCAGGGGCAACCACAUUCACACACAGAGCCAUGUUGGCCACGACAAGUACAACCACAAUUACCUCGGAUCCGGGCAUACUCUGUUUCCAUCACUGCAACGUGAAAGUUUUCUGCUUCACUUUGCCGCACACUUGUCCCCAUUGCAGUGCCCCACUGGACGCGGAUGCGGAUGAGGAUGCCACUGCGAAUGCGAAUGCGAGUGUGGAUCCAAGUGGGGAACCAGAGAGGGGCGGACCACGCCUCCUACCCUUCCGCCUGCCAUAUCCCUUUGUGCGGGCCACACAGCAUCCCUGCGCCAUUGUCCUGCGUCCUUCCACCGGCGACUUCCUCAACGAUUACAGCAACGCCACCGAUUUGCAUAUCGCAGUGACCACAUCCGGCGGCGACAUCGUGGAGUUCGAUCGCUUUGGCCUGCGCCGCCAUCGGCGGGAAGAUAAUCCGGCGGAGUGGCGGCAGUCGCUGCUGGUGGGCGAUGUGCCGGAGCCGUGGCACGACUUUUGGGACGAGGUCCUGCAGCAGAUCUGCGCCCAAUCCGUGCGGUGGUCCAUAGCCAGCUACACGGAGGAGAGCCACAACUGCUACGCCUUCGUCCUGGCCUUCCUGCAGGCCCUCGGUCACGCCCACUUGAGCGAGGCGGCCCGCAGCAAGACCGCCUUCUGCGAGCAGUGCAUUGUUCCCCGGACGACGACGGCGGGCAAGUACAUCUCGCUGUAUCGCAAAAUCCGCAGGAGCGGCGUCUACGUCCAUCGGCAGCAGCCGAAGAAUCGUAGCAAGCCGACAUCCUCCACUAACUCGAGUUCCUGCUCCUCGGAUGUCUGCGAUGCGGCGAUGGGCAGCCAGAAAAAGGUCUCAAAAAAAGGAUACUCAGGGAGCAGUAUUGCCGGAAUCGCAUCGCGUCCACGGCCCACUCUUUGCACCAUCGAGGAGUGAUUGGAUCCCCAAGGACACUUAAGGAUAGAACCUUGCUAAUUUCAGUUCUUUGAAGUGAAUAAAUGUAGUUGAUCUUAAAUAAAUAGUAAAAACAUGUCAUGUACAUGUA